AUGGGGACCAGGGCACGGGGACCCGGGGUGGCUGUGCCUGGCUGCCCAGGACAGGGGAGCCGAGGAGGGGGCGGUGGUACUCGGCUCGGCGCGGACCGGCGCAAGAGGGACCGGGCUGCAGUGUUUGGGGCAGAGGGGACCGAGGAGGGGGCAGCGGUGCCCUCGGCAGCAGGGACUGGAGCGCACAGCUCUGCCUGUCCCGGCAGGCAGCAGCAGGACCCUCUCCCCGCCUCUCCCGGCUCCGAGAGCCGUCGGACGGCCACAGCGCCCCCGCAGCGCGACGGAGCCUCCCGGAAGGAGCCGGCGGCGGCGGAGGGACCCUCCUGCCCUGCCCGGCCUGGCUCUGCCCGAGGUCCCGGCCCCGCCACGAAGGUCGCACAGGUAGGGCCGGGCGGGGCGGGGCCGCUGCCGCCGGGACCCCCCGGCCAGGUACCCCGGGGGGCGAGUGGGCGGUGGAAGCGGCGCGGGGGAGGCUUUGGAACGGGAACCUGCGAAGGGAGGAUGGCAGGAUGGAGGCGAUGUCGCAGGAUGGAGGAGAUGCACAGAGGCAGGCCCUGCUGGCUGAGCACCCUCCUGACCCUCUGCCUGGCCACCCUUCCUUGCACCAUGGCCUGCCCCCGGCUCUGUGCCUGCUAUGUCCCCACAGAGGUGCACUGCACGUUCCGGUACUUCACAGCCAUCCCGCCGCGCAUCCCUCCCAGCGUGGAGCGCAUCAACCUGGGCUACAACAGCUUGCUGCAGCUGACCAGAGUGGACUUUGCUGGCCUGGAGAAACUGGAGUUACUGAUGCUGCACAGCAAUCAGAUAAAUGCCAUCCCUGAUAAGGUCUUCAGUGAUUUACCUGCCCUACAGGUCUUAAAGAUGAGCUAUAACAAGCUCAGAGUGCUUCAGCAGGAUGCUUUCUAUGGUCUGAAGAGCUUGGCCCGCUUGCACAUGGACCACAACAAGAUUGAGUUUGUGAAUCCCAACGUUUUCUAUGGCCUCACAUCACUGAGGCUGGUCCACUUGGAAGGGAAUCUCCUGAAGCAGCUCCAUCCGGACACCUUCGUCACCUUGCGCUACAGCCAGCUCUUUGAGGUGUCCUUGGUGAAGCACAUCUAUUUGUCUGAGAACUUGCUGACUUCACUACCAGAAGAGAUGUUCUCCUCCAUGUCUGAGCUGGAGAGCCUUUACCUUCAUGGGAACCCCUGGGCCUGUGACUGCAACCUGCAGUGGUUUGCAGAGUGGGCAGCGGAGAGAGCAGAUGUCAUAAAGUGUAAAAAAGGCAGAAGUUCUGGUGCCCAGCAGUGCCCAGUUUGUGCCAGCCCCAGACGUGGUAGAGGGAAGAGCUUAGUGGCCAUUCCUCCUGCAUCUCUGACCUGCUCUAAGCCAGCCAUAGAUGACUCCCUGAAGCUGAGGAACCUCUCGGUGCCCGGUGAUGGGGAUUUCAGCUCCGUGUCUGCCAGGGACUUCAUAGCUCCUAUAGGAUCCAUGGUGCUGAACAUGACUGACCAAGCUGGAAGCCGAGGGGACUUGGUUUGCAGCAUCCAAAAGCCUAAAGAGACUUCUCCCAUCUCCUUUGACAAAGAUGCCAACAGAACAGUUCUCAAGACAUCCUUCUCGGCGUUCCUGGUGUGCGACAUGGACGCUGAGCACAUCCAGCAGCUGUGGAGCAUCCUGGCACUGUACAGCAAUUCUCCCCUCAAACUGGAGAGGACUGUCCCUGCAGCUGGCCUGCCUGCUGCUAGUUACAGAUACAGGCAGGUCCAACCUGAGAAAGAUGAACUUUUCACCAGCAUAGAGGCUGAACUGAGGGCUGAGCCCCCGUGGCUGAUGCAGAGCCAAGUGGCACUGCAGCUGGACAGGACAGCCACCACCCUGACCACCCUGCACCUCCACUUCUCCACGGAUGCUCAGAUUGUCUUGCCCGGUGCUGACGAAAAGCAGGUGAGAAGUAGCUGGACCAUCAUCUCCAGGGACAACCAGACCCAAACAGAGCACACUGUUCUGGUUGGGGGGACGGUAGAACUGGAGUGCCAGGCAAGGGGAGAGCCAGCUCCUGCAGUCGAGUGGAUCCUGGCUGAUGGCAGCAAGGUGAGGGCUCCUUACCUCAGCGAGGACGGAAGAAUCUCCGUGGUGAGGAGCGGAGGCCUCACGCUGCGGCCAGCUGACACUUUUGACACGGGGCUUUACCACUGUGUCAGCACCAAUGGGCACGAUGCAGACACCCUGCCCUUCAGAAUCACCGUGGUGGAUCCCCACAUGGAGCCCCCCGGUGUGAACGGAGCCCAGCUGGCUGUGGCUGCGGGCAGCACACUCCACCUGCCCUGCUCGUCCGCGGCCGUGCCCGCUGCUGCCAUCAGCUGGGUGCUACCCCAGCAGGUAGUUCUCCAGCGCUCCCGAAGGAACAAACACGUUUUUGACAACGGCACCUUGAGGAUAGAAGGGGUGACAGAGAGGGACAGUGGCUACUUCAGGUGUGUGGCAGCCAACCAGUAUGGUGUUGACCUUCUGGUCUUCCAAGUGCUAGUUAGAAAGGAGGGAGCUGCUCUGAAGGAAAAGCACAAAGCUGUGGGAGGUUGGGAAGAGGGUGAGGGCUCUGGCGAUGCCCUGCUGGCCUCUGCUAUGACACAGCCUCCAGCUCCCUCAACAGCUCAUCAGGGCUCUGCUGCCUCAGCACCUAGAAGUGGAGUAGCACCAAGGGCACAUGAAAGGAACAGCCACGAGGCCACGACUCACACGCAUUACAGGGGCAGGACAAGCAGGCGGCUCAGAGGACACAGGAGACAGUUUGUGUCCUCAGCCAGGAGAGUCGAUCCCCAGCACUGGGCAGCCUUCCUGGAAAGGACAAAGAGGAACUCAACCCUGAUGGAGAAACGAGGAAAAGUUGCAAUAAAACCACCUAUUCAAGGCCCUAAGUCCUCAGAAGUACUGGGGGAUGAGGAGGAAACAUCUGGUGACCUCAGAUCUCCAGAAGAAGAAUUCAUGAUGCCAGUAACAGAAAGAGUCACUCUGUCACCUCUGGGGAAAGCGAUGGGAAGUGUGAGAACUGUGGGGGCUGAGGUCGCCACAAGCACCACUCCUGCCAGCAGAACCCCCCUCCUAGUUGCAGUCACUCCCCUGCCCUCUCCUUUGUCACAGCCUGUGUCCUCUGACAGCAGAAGGUCACAAGCCUAUCUAAACCCUACAGCUACAACCUCGUGGGUAAGAGCUGAUCUAAGUCAAACACCAGCAAAUGGUGUGAGCCAACCAACUGCAGCUGAUGGAGCAACUGGAACAGCCAGACUCCUCCCUGCUGGGCAGAGGUGGGUACCCUCUGGGGAAAGCAAUAACCAGCAUUUAAACCCUGUGUCUGUGAUAACCAUGACAGAUGUUACAGCCACCAGCAAGUCUGGGACUUCCCAAAGCACAAUAGACAAGCUUUCUACUGAGCCUGUUGGCAAGAUUUCCACCCAAACAGGCUCCCACAUGUCCGUAGUGACAGUCAGGGAACCAAGUCCUGAAUUUGGUGACAUUUAUUUCCAUAGGACUCAGGAGCAAGUGACUCUUAAGCCACCACUGGCCUCAGCUGUCACCACUCAUCAGCAACCCCAGCUGGUUCAGGAGGCUGCAGCUCCUACAGCCCAGCCCCAGCAGCAGUCUGGGAGACGAAGGAAAAUCCCUGGCAGGAGGCGAAUUGCUCGACCAGGACAUGGUCCAAGUGUGAAGGAGCACAGGUCCUCCUUGGGGAGGCCAGGCUCUGGGGCUGCAGGUGUUGCACUGAAUGUGAAGUAUGUGCCAGAUUUACCAGGCUUCAAUCAUUUAAGCAGCUCCAUCAGCCCAGAAGCACCUCUGUCCUCCCCCUCAACCGUCAGUGUGCCGCUGGAGCACCCAGUGGGGACUCACCAAAGCACAGCAUUCCUCAAGGAGGAGGAGGACAAACCUGGCGCAAAGCUGCAAGCUGCUCCAGCAGUCCUGCCCCUCAGCACAGAGGCCGCCCAAGGAACUCUUCAGUGGCAGCUGGAGAGCAGUGCUCCACUUCAGAGCAAGGCCAACAGAGUCCAACCUUCUAGCCUCAGACCACCAACAACCCACCCUGCUCGUCCUGCUGCAGAAACAACUCAUACCUCAAGCACUAAGAUGUCGUCUAUCCUUGACUCAGUCCCAGCCAGCAUUGAGCCUAGAACCUCACCUGAAGAUUUCCAAAGAGGAAAAAUGACUUGGGAACCUCUCUUUGGAAACAGUGCACCAAAAGAGGUUCUGAAGCAGCAGGCAGAUGUGUUUCCAUCACCAGAGGCAUGGACCACGCUGCCUAAAACUACAGCAGCCUUGACCAAAAAGCCUCCUUUGCACUUCGUGCCUAUUUCUACAGGUGGGAGUCACAGCAGUGGUUCCUUGUCUUCAAUCACACCCAUUCCUUAUGGCAAUGGUGAGGCAGAAGAACAUCCUCCAACCACAGAGCCACGUUCUUACCCUCACCCUGCAACUAGCAUGACCAAAGACAAGGAUGGAAACAGUUUGAAGCCAACAGUUACACCAAUAAUUGCUCCUCAAACUGACACCAAAAUCACCAAAAGCAAAGUGACCAGAGCAGGGAGGAAGAGAGGCCAGAGGAGGAAGAAGCCUCCUAAAAAGUCUGCUCCCAGCAUGACUGUCAGGCACAGCACCACAGCAAGUCCCAGGGGGAACACAGCCAGGCUGGCUGGGACUGGAGCUGGAUCAUCACCUCUGCCUGCAGGUCCCACACCUGCAGAACCUCUCUCUGCAAGUGCCAGCACAGAGUUGGUGACAGGAACACCAGCACAUAGCACACCAGGGGCUCCUCAGCACGUGGCCACAGCAGCCACCCCCUUCACACCAAGGGACACCCCCUCAGCCACGUCACCACAUGAUGGGCAUGUUGCCCAGAGCCCCACCACACCAACCCAAACCACACCACAGCUUGCAGAGCCUUCCAGCACCACAGGAACACGACAUGCAGCAGCUGGGUCAGAGCGUGCUCAGCAAAUCAAAGCCACCACGAUGGUGGGUGGAAAAUCCCACCUGGAAGUGGAAGAGAGCAUUACCAAAGACCACCAUAAAGCCCAGGACAACUUCACAGCAAGAACCAAGCCAAGGACCAGCGCUGCUGUGACCACAGACAUCACUCCUCACAGCACUCAGCAUCCCACCCCACCACCAGCCCCAACAGCAGCUGUGCCACCUACACAUACUGCAAGAACCACCUCACCUCCAUGGGGGGAAACCAGGUCCUGGCUGAAGCCAUCUGCUGAAGUCACAGAGAGAGGCAACAUGUCCCAGAUGAGUGCCCUGACCCCCAGGCUGACCCCACCACUGGUCCCAGCUCCCUGGGGGAGGGACAAGGAUGGUCCUGUCCAAGGCUGGUCUGAAAAGAGGCAAGAUCAAGAACCUACCACCCCCAAUCCCAUGGCCUUCAGGUCCUUCAGCAGAAGUCACUUCUCCAAGCCCAGAAUAAUUGGGGGACAGUUAGCUGCUUUUACUGUCCUGGCUAACUCAGAUGCCUUUAUUCCUUGUGAGGCUACUGGUAACCCACGUCCAACCAUACACUGGACCAAGAUAGCAUCAGGGCCCGGUGCCGCAGGAGACCGCGGGGACGGCAGCAGGGGCAGCGGCGGCCGGUGGCAGGUGUUUGCCAACGGCACGCUGGCCAUCGCCCGGGCUGGCCUGGAGGACCGCGGGCAGUACCUCUGCACCGCUGCCAACCCGCUGGGCACGGCACGGCUCCUGCUCACCCUCUCGGUGGUGGCCUACCCACCCCGUGUGGCCGGGCCACGGUGGCAGCUCCUCACCGCGCACUCCGGAGGGCCGGUGGUGGUGAAGUGCAGAGCCGAGGGCAGGCCUCCUCCCGCCAUCUCCUGGGUUCUGGCCAACCAAACGCGUGUCUCCCGCUCUUCCCCGGGGAGCGCCAAAGCCCACGUGGAGGCGGACGGCACUCUGGUGAUCCGGGAGGUCACCGUCUAUGACCGGGGCCUCUACACCUGCCUGGCUGAGAACCCGGCGGGCAUCGACGCGCUGGUGGUGAAGCUGCAGGUGGUCGCGGCGCCGCCUGCCAUUCUGGAGGAGAAGAGGCAACGCCUUGAAGGAGCCCUGGGGGAAAGCCUAAUGCUCCCCUGCACCGUGAAAGGCAACCCUCAGCCCAGCGUCCACUGGGUCCUCUUUGAUGGCACGGUGGUGAAGCCGCUGCAGCUGGUGAAGGCCAAGCUGUUCCUCUUUGCCAACGGGACCCUCCACAUCAGCCGCCUGGCCGCCUCCGACAGCGGCAACUAUGAGUGCAUAGCUACCAGCUCCACGGGCUCAGAGAGGAGGGUGGUGAGCCUCGUGGUGCAGCACAGGGACACGCUGCCCAGGAUCGCUGCUGCCUCACAAGAGAGGACUCAGAUGAACUUCGGGGAUAGGCUGCUUCUGAACUGCACCGCGACCGGGGAGCCAAAGCCCAGGAUCCUCUGGAGGUUACCCACCAAGGCAGUUGUUGACCAGUGGCACAGGAUGGGAAGUCGAAUCCACGUCUACCCCAACGGAUCCCUGGCUAUCGAGGCAGUCACCGAGAAGGACGCUGGUGACUAUUUGUGCGUGGCGAGAAACAAACUGGGAGAUGACCUGGUCCUGAUGAGGGUCAGCAUCGCAAUGACCCCGGCCAAGAUCCACCAGAAGCAGCACCUGAAGAAACUGGUGCCGUACGGCAAAGACUUCCGAGUGGACUGCAAGGCCUCCGGGUCCCCCACGCCAGAGAUCUCCUGGGGCCUGCCGGACGGGACGGUGAUCAACAGCGCCAUGCUGGCAGAUGACAGCGGGCAUCGGGCCCGCCGCUACGUCCUGUUUGACAACGGCACCCUGUACCUCCACACGGCUGGGGCAGCAGCAGGGGGGGACUACACCUGCUACGCUCAGAACACUCUGGGCAGAGACGAGAUGAAGGUGAGAGUCACGGUGGUGGUGGCAGCCCCUCAGAUAAGGCACAGCCACAGGACGCAGCUCAGGGUGGAAGCCGGAGGGACAGCGCUGCUGGACUGCCAAGCCGCUGGGCAGCCCGAGCCAAAAAUAUUCUGGCUGCUGCCUUCGGGUGACACGAUCUCCUCCUCAACAGCCAGGCACCUCCUGCACCUCAACGGCUCCCUGGAGGUCAGCCAGGUGAAGCUGGUGGACGCUGGGCAGUACCUGUGUGUGGCUCGGAACCCCGGCGGGGACGACACCAAGCUCUACAGGUUGGACGUGGCGGCCAAGCCUCCUGCCAUCAACGGCCUGCACAUGGACAAAGCCAUCAGGAAAAUGACAGCUGUGAGGCACACCAGGAAGCACAUCGACUGCAAGGCGGAAGGCUCCCCUCCUCCUCACAUCAUGUGGAUCAUGCCCGACAACAUUCUCCUCACGGCUCCCUACUACGGCAGCCGGGUGACGGUGCACGAGAACGGGACCCUGGAGAUCCGGAACGUCAGGGCCUCCGACGCGGCGGAGUUUGUUUGCGUGGCACGGAAUGAGGCAGGGGAGAGCAGGCUGCUGGUGCAGCUGGAGGUGGCCGAAAUGCUCCGCAGACCCACCUUCAAAAACCCCUUCAAUGAGAAGGUAACGGCAAACCCUGGCAAAGCCGCUACGCUCAACUGCUCUGUGGACGGGAACCCGCCCCCCGAGGUGAGCUGGAUGCUGCCCAACGGCACGUGGUUCUCCCGGGGCAUCAGCACUUCCCAGCUCCGCACAGGGAGCGAGGGGACCCUCACCAUCCACAGCCCCGCCGCAGACACAGCGGGGAGGUACCGCUGCGCCGCCAGGAACCAGCUGGGCUACAUCGAGAAGCUGAUCGUGGUGGAAGUGAGCCAGAAGCCCAACAUCCUCACCCGCCCGACGGGGCCAGUGAGGGCCAUCAGCGGGGAGCCACUGGUGCUGCACUGCCUGUCCGACGGCAGCCCCAAACCCACCACCUCCUGGACGCUGCCCGGCGGGCAGGUGCUGGCUGGCCCGCGGGCCGGCAGCAGGCACGUCCUGCUGGAGAACGGCACCUUGCUCAUCCGGGAGACCGCCGCCCACGACGGAGGGGAUUACGUCUGCAUGGCCCACAACAGCGCCGGAGAGGCCUCCGUCACGGUUCCCGUGGCCGUCGUGGCCUUCCCCCCGAGGAUCACGAGCAGGCCACCCCGCACCAUCCACACUAUGCCCGGCGCGGCGCUGCAGCUCCACUGCAAGGCGCUGGGAAUACCCAAACCGGAGAUCAGCUGGGAACUGCCCGACGGCUCGGUGCUCUCCCCCGCCCACCGAGGCUGGGCAGCUGGGGGAGAGAGGCUUCACCCCCCGGGGACUUUACUCAUCCAGAGCCCCCAGCCCUCGGACUCCGGCGCGUACAAGUGCAGGGCCAGGAGCCGCCUGGGCAGCGAUCUCGCCGUGACCUACUUGCAUGUCGUCUGA